AUGGCGGGCCCGCUGCUCGUCUGGGAGCCCGGCGCGACGUUGUCCGUGCACGGCUUGACGGUGGCGCAUUCCGGCCGUCCCAUCCAGUGUCGGUUGGCGGCGGCGACUUCAGGUCGUGCGCGAGCACGCUGGUUCGGCACCCCCUGGCAUCUCUGGGUUCGGACCUGCGAGGCCGCCGACUUCCGCGUUCGAGGGGGGCGCACGACCGUGCCGCGCUCCAUGGAGGCGCGCUGGCUCGAGACUCACCGCGGCGCCCGAAUCGCUCGCCGCCGCGCGGCGGGCUUUCAGGGCAACCGCGUGCUCGUCCGAGACCCACGGCGCCAGCCUCUGCGGCGUGGGCUACGCCGAGCCCAAGCAGACCUUCCCGGCGACAUCAUCUGCCGUACCUACGCCUUCGCCGAAGACCUGGCGCGCGCUGUCCAGUCCCGCGCGCCUCGCGCGGGCCUCGACUUAAAACACCGACGCAUGACCGACAUAUCGCCCCUCGACGCGUCGAAAUGGCCCGGAUCCAGAGGCCCCGUUCGCCCCGAAAUCGUGCUCGCCUCUCGAGAUCGAGAGCGGCGCGUCGAAGAUCGCCCGCCGGCGCGGCGCGAGCUCGAAGGCCGCCGGGGCGCCCGGCGGACCGAAACGCCGAACGCGGCUGCCAAAGUCGGGCGCUGCCCAUCGGAUCGGCUUCCCAGUGCCCUGGAGCCCCUGGGGAACUUUAGACCUGUGCUGCAGGGGCGCCCGUUUAGUGGACAGGCGCGGGCCUUACCAGCGCGGGUCGCGCUGGAGGCGUUUUUCGCGGCAGCCGCGGGCUUCACGGAGGAGUCGCCCGACAGCGGCGCCUUCCUAGGGGUGCUGGAAAGGGUAGCCUUGGAGAUUUUUCGUGGGGACACUCUCUUACAAGUGCGCGGGUUCUCGCCAGGGCAGCAGAUGGAUUACAUCGGUCGGGCGGUGCACCAGUUGGUGCGUGAGAAUUAUCUGCCGCUGGUUGAUUUUCCUGAGUUUGAAGCAGCUGUGGCGGCGCUGUCGCAGGCUGUUCAGGGCCGGGCUGCGGAUGUGAACUUCGAGUUAUCGAUUUGUGACGAGGCAAGGGCACCUGACUCAGUCGAGGGUCUGUUUCAGUAUUACAGACAUAGUGAAGCAGCAAUUGACAGAGGCGCUUGCGGCAGCCCGCGGGUCUUCGAUCCGCCGGCGUCGCCGGGGUUGGAGCUGGCAAAGACGGUGUAUGCAGAUAUCAAAGAUAAGUGGUGCGAGGUCAAUGUCAUGGGCCACCGCAAUGGGAUGAUCUGUGUGGCAUGGACAGGCGGGCAGUCGCAGCAACUGCGCAGUGCAGAGUUGCCUCGGAGCAAGGUCCGGACGCUUGAGGAGCAUAACAAUCUUAAAGGGCGCUUCCUUAUUGGGCAGUUUCCCAUGCUUAUGCGUUUCUUCGGCGCUGUCGGAGAGGUAGAGCAGCAUCAGUACAUCAGAAUGCUGGCAAGCGGAGUUAAGUCCGUGGCCGGCGACGCCUAUAACCUUGACGUCAAAGCGGCUGCGGUGGAGCGGGCUAUUUCGAGCAUCGGGAUGAACGAGAUGAUAGGAUAUUAUUAG